AUGACCUCGAAAUCGAUUGUCGGAAGUACUCGCUCAAGCUUCAUCAGCAAUGGCUACACUUCUACAAGACCUGCCAUCCUGGGCCUGGCGAAGAUUCUGUUCUUGAGUAUCUGCCAAAUCACUUCAGUAUCUGCCGCUCCUAUCACAGCUUUCCUUGGAAUUGCCAGUGAAGAGGAUGCGCCAAAAGAUGCCGAAGAUGCAAGUUUGUGGUUAUAUCUAUCAGUUGCAGCUGUCCUGGUUCUACUUGGAGGUGCUUUCGCGGGAUUGACGAUUGCGUUGAUGGGACAAGAUGGCGUUUAUCUACAAGUUAUCGCGACUUCUGGAGAAGGAAAAGAACAGAGACACGCACAAAGAGUAUAUGGAUUGUUACAAAAGGGUAAACAUUGGGUUCUUGUGACAUUACUACUCAGCAAUGUUAUCGUCAACGAAACGCUUCCUAUUGUACUCGAUCGAUCGCUCGGUGGAGGAUGGCCUGCGGUUCUUGGUAGCACAGUUCUAAUUGUUAUCUUCGGAGAAGUCAUUCCUCAAUCGAUUUGUGUGCGAUAUGGUCUCUCCAUCGGAGCAUUUAUGGCACCACCUGUGCUGGGUCUGAUGUGGCUAUUAGCACCUGUUGCAUGGCCAACUGCCAAACUUCUCGACAAACUACUGGGAGAAGAUCACGGAACCGUAUACAAGAAAUCUGGUCUUAAGACGCUCGUCACUUUACACAAAACUUUAGGAACAAGUCCUAGCGAUCGAUUGAACCAAGAUGAAGUUACAAUUAUCAGUGCAGUGUUAGACUUGAAAGAGAAAGCAGUUGGAGAUAUCAUGACACCAAUGGAUGAUGUCUUCACUAUGAGUGCCGACACGAUACUUGAUGAAGAUACCAUGAACGUCAUCUUGAGUGCUGGUUAUUCUCGCAUUCCUAUCUACGAACCUGGAAAUGAGAAGAACUUUGUCGGUAUGCUUCUGGUUAAGAUUCUUAUUACAUACGAUCCGGAAGAUUGUAAACGCGUCAGUGAUUUCGCCUUGGCUACCCUACCGGAGACUCGACCUGAAACUAGUUGCUUGGAUAUUGUAAAUUUCUUCCAAGAAGGAAAAUCUCACAUGGUACUUGUUUCGGAAUAUCCUGGCGAGAACUUUGGUGCUACCGGUGUGGUUACAUUAGAAGAUGUCAUUGAAGAGCUCAUUGGAGAGGAAAUUAUUGAUGAGUCUGAUGUUUAUAUUGAUGUUCACAAAGCCAUCAGACGAAUGGCCCCGGCUCCCAAAUCUUCAAGAAUAAAGCCAAAUCAAGUUGUUGAACAACCGGCCAAUGGUUCUCUUAAAGCUGCAGAGGAAAGUCUCAUCGAUCUCUCGGAAGACCGCCCAAGUAACUUGCAGGCUGGCGGAAGAAGACGCAAUCAAACCGAGGUCAGAAGCGUCAGUCCUGCCAAUCAUUUCGGUACUAGCCCCAAGACGACUUUCAUGCGUAGAGUUUCAACAGGUGACAACGACAGAAAUGUGGUUGCUGUCAGAGCUAAUAUGAAUGAUAUGCGUGAACACUUGAAACAUCUAGGCCCAUCCAAUCUUGCUAGUCGACCAAAGAUGACAAAGUAUCAGUCUGUCAAAAUUAAGCCUGGAAACGUUCUUGCUGUUAAUAGGACCGAUUCCAGAACGGACUCGAUUCCUCAUCGUGGAUCUAUUGUCGAGGAGUCUGAAUUUGAGCCAUACCAUGACUCUCCAGGACCUCAUGGUGGUGAAGGUGAAGGAUUACUCAGAUCAGCCGGGCAAGACGCCAAAGAUGGAGUUCAAGCUUUGCAACAAGGUUAUGGCACUUUAAGCAACCGCAUUCCUAACAAACUUGCCGAGGAGGAUUCGACCAAACCACCCCAAUAUGAUGGUCCACUCAGUCCAGUAGGGCAACCACAAUCGCCCGGCAACAAUCUUUCGGUUUCUAACUUUUUAAACAAAAAUAAAAGCACAGAUACCAUCGGAUCUCUACCAUCUCAAAAGAGCGGUACAAGUCCUCCAACCAAACCAUCCAAGAAGAGAGGUACAGCCAGAAGUGGAAGUAUCACAGAAAACUUGGUAGAAGCUGGUGGUAUUAGAAAGAUGGUCUUGGAGACAAACGCAAGUAGUGAAGAGGAAAAUCAUAAAAAUGGUAGAGUACUACACUCAAGUAGUACUGGUAGUGGAAGCAAGAGUGCUAAUGGAGGAGAAAAUAAGUUCAUGCAAUUUUUGAGUAAUGCAGGAAGCACGGAUAAAUUGGCUGAUGGAGAGAGAAAGAGUCAAAGAUCUAGUCAGACGGAUAAUACGGGGGCGGAUAGCGGAAGUGGUGUUGGUAGUUCGAAGGGUCAUAGUAAAAAGAAGAGUAAGAAGAAGGGAAAGAAGAAGAGUAGUACAAAGUAG